CUCGAACGCUCAAUGGGAGGAGCCAAUUGAUGGUGCUGAGCUGCAAUAAGAAAACGCUCUGAGCCGAGAUGGACAACUGAAGGAAACAGUAAAUGUAGAGGAGAACAAUGACACCGAUCACAGAGUGCUGUUGCAAACUUUCCUGCUACUUCACAAUGGUCCCUUUGCCGAUAUUCAGUGUCACUCCAUAAAGGGACACGCACACAUCAAGAGACACACAGACGCUCAUCAGCUCCAUAAAAUGAAGAGACCCAAGCAGCAGUCACAAUCUCUCAGUUUUCUCAGCUUCUUCAGCCGCAAGCCUAAAUCUGACCCCAAGACCGAGAAGCCGUCUGGUACUUUAAACAAGGAGGAGGUGGCUAUCACCCUGACACCCAAUGAGCAUGUGGAAAAAGACCGGGCUUGCAGUGAGGGGGCCGACAGUGGAGAGGCCAGAAGGGAUGGAGGAGAUCACAGAAAAUCUGAAGGAGGUGGAAUGGGAGAUGUUGGGCAGGGUGCUGAGUGUGGGAGCAGUGGCUCAGUGGGGGUUCUGUCCUUAUCCUCCUCCAGUCAGGAGCAGCUACUGGAGCACCUGGUCGAGUGCCCUCUCUGCCUCCUCAGUCAACCACAUGGCCACUUUCCUCGUCUGUCCUCUUGCCAGCACCGUGCUUGCAAUGACUGCUUGCGGCAGUACCUUCGCAUCGAGAUCUUAGAAAGCCGCGUGAGCAUCGCCUGCCCGCAGUGCCCUGAAGCCCUGGCACUGCCUGAUGUCCAUGCCAUCCUGGAUGACAGAGCGCUGCUGGACCGUUUUGAAGAAUUCCAGCUGCGCCGAUUUCUGGCUGCUGACCCGGAUACGCGCUGGUGCCCAGCACCAGACUGCAGCUAUGCAGUGAUUGCCUACGGCUGUGCCGAAUGCCCCAAGCUAAGUUGCGGUCGGGAAGGUUGCGAUACAGAGUUUUGCUACCACUGCCGACAACUGUGGCAUCCAGACCAGACUUGCGACCAAGCUAGACGUCAGCGUGCCCGCCACACAUUAGGGGCCAAUGAUGUUUCCACGCUUUACGUAUUCAAUGAGGAACCUGGAGAUGCAGAGGAGAUCAAACCCUGUCCCCGCUGUGGUGCCUAUAUCAUGAAGACCAAUGAUGGCAGCUGCAAUAGAAUGAAUUGUACAGUCUGUGCCUGUCAGUUCUGUUGGCUGUGUAUGCAGGAGAUCACGGACGUGCACUACCUCAGUCCCUCAGGCUGCACUUUCUGGGGAAAGAAGCCAUGGUCGCAGACCCGCAAGGUUUUGUGGCAGGUUGGGAUGCUGCUUGGGGCUCCAGUUGUGAUCUCACUAAUAGCAGGAAUUGCAUUACCUGUCAUCAUAGUGGGCAUCCCAAUAUAUAUGGGCCGCAAGGUACACGGUCGCUGUAAGAAAAACAAUAUCUCAGGAAGUAAGCAUUACUUGACAGUGGCUAGUGGGGUCAUGAUGUCUGUAUUUGUGUCUCCAGUCAUAGCAGCCAUUACUGUAGGGGUUGGAGUGCCUCUUAUGUUGACGUAUGUCUAUGGGGUAGUGCCCAUGUCUUUGUGUCGGAAUGGCUGGUGCAGACCACACAAUGAACCUCCUGAUGUUCGGAAUAUACAGCUGGAAGAUCUUGCCAAUUAUCUUCUAUUUUCUCAUGUAGUCAGUGACCAUUGGACCGGCCCGUCCAAUCCGGCUCUAACUGAUGGAAGCAUACAGGAAGUGACUGUGAAUGUGGAGGAAGUUUUGCCACUUCCCAGCACCAGUAUGGUCCGGUCAGGAGCAAAGGACUCAAGUGAACCACCCAAUGAAAGACAUAUUGACAGCACUGAGCAGGAUGUCCAGUCAGAUGAAGUGGAUGUUGUUGAGGAGCAUGCCUUCACUAGCACACAAACAUUUCCUCUGAGAGAAGGAACUAACAUUGAGGUUCAUGUCGAGAUCGAGGCUCAGCCACGGGGAGGACGAAAGCCAAGUCUCAGCAGUGUACUGUCUACUAAAAGUCUGUCUUCAGAAGAACUCAGUCAGCCCUGUGAACCUCAAUGUGCCUCGGGCCCAGAUCCCAUGCCAGCUCCUGAGAUGGACAGCGUCUGAGAGACUCCUGGGAAUUAACUACUUUCACCACACACCUCCCAUUAGGUGCUUCCAGCCUCUGCCUGCUAAUGCGGAGAGUCAGCGAUGUGGAAGCCAACAGAGAUGAGCAAAAGAGAGAGAGAAACAGUCAAAGGCAGCUGCCAAAAUGCCAUGAAGGAUUAACAAUGAUAAUAUAACCUGAAAUGACCAAGUGCAUGUUUGUCAAUGAGUUUGAGAAGUGCUAACUAAUUUUUUACUCUAGAAAAUAUGGGCUAGUUGUAUGCUGGUCUGUUUAAUUUAUUUGAUUAGCUUUUCUUAUACCUAUACUCCUUUAUUUAUAGGCCAAAUGGUUUACGUCCCCUAACUGAUCUCUAGAAUGGAUUAUUUAAAAACACUAUUAAUGGAAUAAUAGCAUGGAUUCUACUGCAAGGGUUGGUAGCCUGAUGUGACAUGCGACUACCAGCAUGGGAAACUGCAGUGACUUUGACAAGUGUGCUGUAAGUUAUUAAUGAUAAUUGGGAACAGGGCUUGGGUAAUGGGCUUUUACAAGUUGUUUUACCUAACAAGUUUUUGUAUUUUCAUGAUAGAGGCGAAAUCUGUCGGAUUUGGGUCUGUUACAGUAUGUCCUGAGUUUGAUAAUCAUAGGUCAAAUGUUGUGAUCUAUCAGAAGGCAGAGUAUAAGGACUGCUUAAAAAGUUCACUGGGAAUGUUGAACUAUUCGAAAUGAUCUUGUUUUUCUCCUAAACCACAAACUGUUCACCUUUGGUCUUUAUUUCUGCAAGAAAAGGCAUUUGUUUUUCUUCCUGUUUAUAAGUACUUGAUGAAUCAAGAGCUUUAAAAGCCCAUUAACUAAAUAAAUCUCCUCAUUGUAUCUCAUUUGCUGUAGAGGCUGUAGCCAAAUAUCUAAAUGGACUGUUUCACAGACUAAUAGAUUCAUCUGGCCAGAGCCCAUAGUUGCAUAAUAAACCUAGACUUUAUUUUCUUGUGUUUCACUUACAGUACAAUAACAGGAAAGGAAAGGAAAACGAACAGCAAAUUCUUGCUCAAACCCUUAGCCCUAUUCAAAAUGAACAGAAUGGAUAGCCCAGUGUUUAAUGAUGUAAAGAUGUUUUUAAAAAUAAACUUGAAAUUGACAGAUUGGGAAUAAUGAAUGAUACAGUCAACAAUAAAAAGAUUUGUAUUAAACAAUGGCUAUUAAAAAGUGCUGCAUUUU